AUGGUAUCCAAGGGAUGUACAGUGGUGAAAGAGGCGGAAGAUCAGCUCAAGCCAUGGAGGAAGAUACCUGGACCAUUAUCUUUACCAAUCAUUGGACAAUUACUACAUUUCCUUCCAGGAGGUUGGUUGUACAAUCGCCCGAUUGAGUUACAAGAGUUACUGCAUAAACACUAUGGGCCUAUCGUAAGAAUAGAUGGAAAUCUGGGUUUCCCUCCAAUCACUUUUAUCUUUGAUCCGGAAGCUGCCAUAACGCUUUUCCGCAAAGAAGACCCACUACCCGUCCGCCCAGGGUUCGACUCUAUAAUAUAUCACAGGAAACAUUUUUACCACAAGCACGAGGAUGAUCCAAAUGGAUUGAUAAUUGACCACGGUGAGGUUUGGAGAAAAUUACGUACAAUGGUGAACCCUGUAAUGCUGCAAACCAAAACAAUAAAAUUAUACGCGAAUGUUAUGGCGGAGGUGUCAGAUGAUAUGAUUACAAGAUUGAGAUCAAAACUCAAUAAGCAGAAGAUGCUAGAAACUAAUUUAUUCACUGAACUAAACCUCUGGGCUUUAGAAUCAGUUGGAGUUGUGGCACUUGGUGGACGUCUGAACUGCCUUGAUCCAAACCUACCAGAUGACUCUCCUGCAAAGAAGCUGAUAGUUACAGUGCAUGAUAUAUUUAAAAUACUGCAUGAGCUAGAUUUUACACCUAGCCUUUGGAAGUACAUAACAACUCCUACAUACAAAAAAGGGAUUAAAUUAUAUAGUGAACAUAUGAGGUUAAAUGAAUUUUUCAUAGAUAAAGCUAUCCAGCAGCUUAAAUCUAAAGAAGAAAAAAAUGACAAAGACAAAAGCAUUUUGGAAAAACUGCUAGAAAUGGACCGCAACGUGGCAGUUACUGUAUCUAAUGAUUUAUUGCUCGCUGGUGUUGACACGUCUGCCAGUACUACUUUGGCGUUAUUGUAUCUUUUGGCGGCAAAUCCAGAGAAACAAAACAAAUUAAGAGAGGAGGUUCUGUCGGAUGAAGAAAAGCGUCCAUAUCUUAAAGCUUGCAUCAAGGAGGCGCUCAGGUUAUAUCCUGUUCUUGGAGGGAAUUUUAGACAGACAACGAAAGAGCAUGAUGUUUUAGGGUACAGAAUACCCAAAAAUAUGAAUAUUUUUAUAGGUAAUCAAUCUUUAUGUUUGAUGGAGGAACAAUUUCCGAAACCGACAGAAUUUAUACCAGAAAGAUGGAUCGUUGAUAAAAAUGACCCCCUCUAUUAUGGAAAUGCACAUCCUUUCUCUCACACUCCCUUUGGAUUUGGGGUUCGGAGUUGUAUAGGUCGACGUAUUGCUGAAUUGGAGAUCGAAACUUUCAUAUCUAAAAUGGUUAAAAAUUUCAAGCUAGAUUGGAUUGGAUCGCCGCCAAAACGUACGCGAAUUUGUGCUAUAAACUAUAUACUUGAGCCUUAUAAUUUUGUUUUUAAUGAUGUCUAAAACAACUGUUUUGGUGUUUAAUAAUAGGCUACUGGCCUGCUGUACAAAACUAAGAAGAUUUUUUGCAUAAAGGCAGUUUACAUGCCUAGAAACUCUAAUCACAUUUUUAUUUGUGAAAAUAAUCUCGUAAUUUUAAUAUUUUUAUAAAACAAAAUUGUAUUUUUAUCACGUCACCGCAAACGCCAAUCAUAAACUGUGACGUCAUUCGCUACAAGGCAUCGGUUUGUGAUUGGCGCUUGCGGUGACGUGAUAUAUCACAUUACUGCACACGCCAAUCACGUUGUUAUCUCUAUGAAUGAAGCCACUUGCUAAUGUGUUGUGUUUCAGCGGCAAAAUUUUACGUAGAUAUUUUUUCAUUUAUAUUACAUUUUUUACUGAUUAUUAUUGACGGGACAAAAUAAAAUAAAGCUUAUAAUACUUCCAAAAUUCAGUUUAAACACUGUUUACAAAAGAGGCAAGUAGCCUAUUAUGACAAUAAUUAAGAGGUUGUAUUCAAUAAAUAUU